AUGUGCAUCACUUCUCAGCACAAAACAUGCCUGAUGGGCCCACUGCCAACCUCUGGAUCUGCUGCCCCUCCGUCGCUGAUCAUCGUGGACGGACUGGAGGGCUACCUGCACGGGCCUGGGGCGGAACAGUCCUCUGCUGCCCCUCCGUCGCUGAUCAUAGUGGACGGACUGGAGGGCUACCUGCACGGGCCUGGGGUGAGUGGUGGCCUUCAGCAGGCGGAACAGUCCUCUGCUGCACACAUCUCUGCUCUGCUGUAUGACACGGCUGCAUUUCUCAAACAGACCUUGGAAGAGAGAGCCGCUAGUCUGGCCCCCUGUCGGGUAAUAGCCUCGUUCCAGUCCGAGUGGGAAGGGCAUGCUGAUGGGGACACCUCAGACCCUGUCCUCUCAGUGUUAGACCGCUACUUUCAGGUUAGGUGUACCUUGGACCAGGACUGGAACUCUGCCCCUGCUGUAGCAGGACCACAGGACACGUGGCAUGUUUACCUCUCUGGUGCUGGGAUCACAGAAGACCCUAUUGCUAAGGAUGAGGAGGACUCAAGUCUGGCAGGAGAAUGGCGACUGGUCAUUUGCCCCAAUCGCUCAAUGGAGUUUACAAUGGUUUGAAAUCUAUUAAAUUACUUCACAGUGGAUGAGGAAGAAAUAAAAGACAUGAAAAAAAAAGUAUAUACUUAUAUCAAACAAUUGCAUUCCCAAAGACUGAGAUGCAAGGGGAACUAUUUUUUUCCAAUGCAUAAAAUGGUUUUCACUAGUGUUUACAAAAAGUUUUCAGCUAAAUUCUUGUGUGAAUUAAACCACUCCUCCGACUGAAUCGUACCGUUCCUGACUUCCUUGCCCUGUUGUCUUCUCUCCUACACAAUGUGACUUCACAUUCAACCAUUCAACUCCCCUUUACAUGACUUUUCUGUCUAACCGUUGUGCUUUCUAAGAUCAUUUGUAGAGGGAAGAUUAGGCUGAUGCUAGAUGGGAUAGCAGAGAACGUCACGAAAAUGAUGUGCACGCUUCAAUGGGGCAGAAGGCCGUACGUUGUUGUCAUUCUGGGUGGCCAGAUAGCUAGCAACAAUGACAAGAAACUGCCAUGUGGGGAAUCUUAAGUGGCUUGUUUCAGCUAGUUUUAUCUUACCAUGUCUUGUUUUGACUGAUGUCACGUCUAUGCUAAUAUGGCAAAAAUUUGCUAGCUAGCUAACCACCAACUUUAACUAUGUAUUUGAGACAACAAGUGCUCAUUGUA